GGGAUAGAGGACAAAAACGUGACUAGGCAGCCUAAGAGCUGUUAUGCAACCACUGACCUACUAACACAUAUUUCUAGAAAGGGAGCCGAGAAACUAGAGCAAAGCGUCCGGCAUCAUACCACACACAGGCAGCUCGAGCCAAGAGACGGAAACAGCAAUCCACCCGACCCACUGACUUAACCACAACUGACCUGAACACCGACAGGAACAGAGGAAGAAAACUUCACGCAUUUUGGGAGCUUUCUUUCUUAAGGCAGAAGUAAAGGAGGAAACGAGAGCGAGACGGCUUUUGUGUCCGGGAUCUGAUAUUUUUCUCCUCCAGGACAUUGAAAGCAGUUAGUGGUCAACAACUGGCAGAACUGAAUCUGGAUCCUCAGGGAGCUCCAAAGUAGACGGACUGACCUACAUCCUCUGAAAGAUAUUCAAAGAAGCAGGACAGCCGCCUGACAGGCAUCACAGCUCUACUAAAGAUUUAGGAAGACACGGAUCAACUCUGUAUCACCUCCAGCAAGACUCCAGAGACCGCUUUGAACAAUUUGCCAAGAGAUAAACAAAGACUCUUUGCUCAAAAUACGAACUCAUUUAUUUUUAUAGGUUUCUUUUUCUGAACAAAUGUCUGAGGUUUUUGUAGAGUUCCACCUCUUUUUAAUCUUCUUGGCUAAUUUUGACACUUGAACGAUUUUAUCUUGAAGAUAAGCAAAGGAAAUCAAUGAGGUUAUCUCUUCGAGGAGCACAAAUACCUCAUCAAGAAGUUUUUGCAGAUCCUGCAACAUAAGUGAAACCCCCUCAUAACAAAGCGGAAGUCGUGUAAAGUUUUACAUCUUUUCCCUUCACCCCUUUGCCCUUUGCUAGAGUGAUACUCUAGCCCCCAGCUGGGAAAAAUGGAAAGUCUGAGUUUACACAUCCCAUCCGCCAGCAACAAAAAUGCCAUGGAAGUAGACGCAUUAUCCCCCUACAGUGCGAGCCUUCCAUCUCCCAAUCCUGAAAGUGAGGGCAGGAGCGGCCGCCAGAGUAAAGGUUCCAAGGCUAGUCUGUCAUGUCGUCGCAAGAGAGAGUUCAUCUCUGAGGAGAAGAAAGAUGCAUCCUAUUGGGAAAAACGGAGGAAGAACAAUGAGGCAGCUAAGCGUUCAAGGGAAAAACGCCGCCUGAAUGACAUGGUGCUGGAGAACCGGGUCAUGGCACUGAAUGAGGAGAACGUUCGUCUAAAAACUGAACUCCUUCAGCUCAAGUUGCGCUUUGGCCUCAUCAGCACAGCUUCCUACAUGGAGAAAAGUCAGCAGAUCUCCAACAGUGCUGCUAGUACUACUGCUAGUAUCAAUGGGAGCAGCAGCAAUGGCACCCCAAACAGUCAUGCCUACCUCUCAAGCAGCGGCUACUCCAGUGCAUCUCACGCCAUGCUGAAUUCCGACUCUUCUGAAACUGAACUGUCAACCCGUGGAGACCGUCACAACGCGCUCCACAGCUACUCUCCACGAGGCUCUGUCUCCGACAUGUCUGACACCUCCUCAAGGGACAGCCCAGAGCCCAUGGGCUACAGCAUCAAGACGGAGCCCUCAGGUAUCGAGAUGGCCAGACUGGAUAGCAAUGGUGUGUCAAGUGGGGCUUACAAUGGCAACCACACUUCUCACCAGCAGAACUCCCCAUUGGCAGACAAUGCCAUGGACUACCAGCACCACCAACAGCAGCAGCAUAGCCACAUGGAGGCCUCCAGCCCAGCCCCUCAGGCCACCUCUGCACAGAGGAGCGUGAUCCUGUACCGCUCCAGCAGUGGCUAUUACCCGAUGGAGAGUCAGAGGCCAGAAGACCAGCAGUCCCAGCAGAGCAGACCAGUGCAGCAUGUCUCCAAGUUCUCCGACUGCUCAGUGACCAUCACAGAGGUCGCUGAGAAGCUGGAAAGGACAAAGACACUAGACUCUCCUCAGUAUGACUACUCUAAUGGUCAUGAUGAAGAAGAAGAGGAGCUUGAAAGGUACAAUUCCAACGCUCAGCAACAACGUGAUGACCAUCAUGCAAACUACAGCUACCAGGGUCAUGAGAGCAGUCAUCAACAUGCAGGAAACCACCAGAACCCUUUUGCCCCUGAUCUGAUCCAUAACACUGAGGAGGGCAAGCCCUCAUUCCCCCAGCACAACAGCUACCUCAACACACUGGAUGAAGAGCCCCCGGUUCUCACCUACGAGGGAGGCCCUCGAGCUGGCGGUUUCUACCAGGAGAACACCUCCGCUAAAGACACCUCAUCCAGUGAUGGAGAUCCCCGUAGCUCUGACAAGGAAGGCUCCACAGAUGAUGAGUCUCCCUCCUCAUCCUCCUCAGACAUUAGCAACUACCACCAGAAGGUGGUGAGAGCUGCCGGUUCACACGGCGAGUGCCAAGCUGAGGUCAGAGCGACUGCCCUGCCCCACAAGCUCCGCCUCAAGUACAGAGCCUUGUCCAAUGGAGCAGCAGGAUUGCUAAUGGAAGGACCAGUAAACACCUCCAUGUCCCCCUCUCCCAAUUUGCCUCAGCAUCCUUACUUAGCUCUUCCCAGCAACCCCCAUGGCACCCAAGCCCACAUGGAGAGCAAAGACAUGGACAAUGAGAGUGACUUUGUAGAACAGGUGGAGCCUCAGGUGAAUGAGAGGACGGAGGCUAAAAAGGAGGUUGGAAAGAAGGGAUCCAGCAGUAGUAGGUCUGGGCGCAGUAAGAGGCGAGACUAAGGACAUUUAUGAGCAGCUCUUUAUGCCACCUCUUUGUUGUCUACAGCAGACAGACAACUGCAACUAUGACUCGCAUCGACACCUAUCAAGACAGGAGAGAAAAUCCUUGUAAGGUGUUGUUAGGAUGUGAUAUCACCAUCAAGUUUCACUGUGUCACCUGUUCCCCUUUACUCAACUCUCUCCUACCUCCCAUCCAUCACCCAGCCAAAAUAAUAUGUCACUUUGCAAGAGAGGGGACAGAAUGAAACUCUGUAGAGAUGGAGUCUGGGAUACUACCCAUGUGGAAAUUUCCACAUUAUUCAAUUAUUCAUAUUGUGAACUGCCUAGGUGGCCGGCCAGCAUUCAUUGUGGCAUUAUGGAAACAUUCCUUUAACCAAAGAAUUUGCAUUCUUCCUUUAGCAUCUCCCUUUUUUGCAAAGAGUUACAUUCUUCCUCUCUCAAUCAUGUCAUCUUAUACCCUCUGAACCAUCUGCACACAAGCUCCCUUCACUUUUGAAGCACUUAGAUUGUAUAUUACUGUGACAUAUAAAUUUGCAUAUAUGGAAUAUAUAUUUUAAGAAAAAAAUGUGGGAAAAACAACAAAAAAUAGAACCGUGGGAUUGGAAGUCGUAGACUCGAUGAGUUUGUUCAUGUAGAGACACAUUGUACAGUCCCUCUUUGUCUAGAAAAUGCCUCAAAUUUUUCUUUUGCUACAACUGAGAGCCACAACUUGUAAAGAAAAAAAAGGCGAAAAAGAAAGGUACACCUUUUUUUUCAGACUUAUCCAGGGCGUCAUUCAGGUGAUCUGAGCACUUUGACACUCAAAGCUGUCAAAACACUCAAGGCCAGUUAAGCGCAUAUCAGUCAAGGCUAUGCAGUCACACAUUGCUGUUGGCAAACCUGACAAGCACAGGGCAAGCCUUGUUUGCCUAAAAAAUCAUCAAAUAUUCAUUUCUAGACAACAGAUGUCUGUGAAAUCCAUGAAAUGGCUCUCCAGUUGCAAACCAGCAAAGCUGCUCUUUCUACAUAAGGUGCCUCUUUUGUUGUGUUGUCCCUUGUCCCAACUUCAGCCAAUGUCUUAACGAUCCCCUUCACGCCUGCACUGACUUGUUUUAGCUACAGUAGAUCAUCCAGUCAUCAGAGUUGAACUGUUUCACUUUCUGGUGCCUGCCUCUGGCCACUAUGUAUAAAUGUAAAAUUGUCUCUAUCUCUUGUAUACUGCUGUCAUUAUUUUAUUAUAAUUUAUUAAUAUUGUAAUUUUCUAUUAUAUUCAUUUAUUAUUUUGACUAUUGUUGUAUGUAUUUUUUUGUUAUCCUGUCGUGUCAUUUUGCUCUAUGCUCUUCCUGUUGUGCUGUGUAUUUACCCAUGCUCCUUUUACCCCAGUCACCAUUUGUACUCUGUGUUAUCGUAUAACCUUUGUUGUUCGCCAAAAGGCUUUCUGAAAAUGGAAAAAAAGAAUAAGGCUUGUCCAGAAAUGAUUAUGUAUUGUUAUACUUCAUGUGGAUAUGCAAACGGUUACAAAAAAACUCAUUUUUGAUUGUUUAAAACUCAAAAUGGGGAUAAAAAAUAAAAAUUUUGUUGAAUUCACAAA